AUGUCGACAUUCGUCGCUAGCUUGUUCCUGCCGUAUACGGUUGACUUUCAUGAUGAACCAGAGGCACCUAAAAGGCCGAAUCCGCAGCGAAUGCACAGUCGUGCUGCGUCCGCAACUGAUAUGAAGAACAUCGCAAACACAGCGGCAAGUUUGUUCAAUGGUCCUCCUGUACCUCCCAAGACUCCUGCAGAGGAGAAGCAGGACGAUUUCUUUACUCAAGUACAAAAUGACCCCAGGACCAAACCCGGCGACCCGCGUUCUCUUGCUCGUACUGAAGCAGCCCCUCCGGAGUGGGGCGCUGCUGCGCAGUUUUUGAAUCAGCCUAAAUCUACUGCCGGUCCUCUCCCAUCUGGCAGCAUCCUCGACUACGUAAAAUCGGAGAAGAAGGACCCGGAACUGAUGGCCAAAUUCACGGCUCAGAGAAAGCGCAGACCGACAACUGGAACCACGCGCAGAGGCAGCAACGUUGGAAACUUUGCUAGAAAGACCUGGACCGUUGAGCCUGCCAUUCAAGGUAAUGGUGGCUUGAUCAAUGCCGUUCGCGCUCACGAUGCUUCGAGGUCUGACGAGGAUUUCCAAAAGAUCUGGGUUGGCACCCUCGGAUUCCCUACCGAUGCUCUAGUCGAUUCCAAGAAGGAAGAGAUAUCUGACAGGCUUGCUAACGAAUACGACGCCGUGACUGUCUUCCCAUCAGAUCGUGAUAUCAACGGACAUUACACUCACUACUGCAAAACUAUCCUCUGGCCAGUCUUCCAUUAUCAGAUUCCGGACCAUCCAAAGAGUAAGGCGUACGAAGACCACUCUUGGGAGUUUUACAGAAAUGUCAACCAAAACUUUGCGGACAAGAUUAUUGCAAACUACAAGCGUGGCGACAUCAUUUGGGUUCACGACUACCAUCUUCUCCUGGUUCCUGGCAUGAUCCGCAAGAGACUACCUGAUGCCCAGAUUGGUUUCUUCCUUCAUGCGGCAUUCCCCUCUUCGGAAGUUUUCAGAUGUCUCUCCACUCGUACUGAGCUUCUUGAGGGUAUGCUCGGUGCCAACCUUGUGGCCUUCCAGACUAAGGAGUAUGCACAUCACUUCCUGCAAACCUGCAGUCGCCUUCUUACGGUUGAAGCUACACCCGAGGGAGUACAAUUAGAAGAACGUUUUGUCAACGUCAGCCAUGAACCUAUCGGUGUGGAUCCCGAAGGCAUGGCCAAGGCCAGAGAGGAGCCAGAGGUGCAGGAGUGGAUCAAGGUGAUCCAAGAGAGAUACAAGGGCAAACACUUGAUUGUUGCCCGUGACAAGCUGGACAAUGUCAGAGGUGUCAGACAGAAGCUACUUGCUUAUGAGCUGUUCCUCAACAAAUACCCACAAUGGCGUCAGAACGUUGUUCUCUUGCAAGUCGCUACGUCCACCACAGAGAACAGUGAGCUUUUGGCCACUGUUUCGGACAUCAACACACGUAUUGACUCUGUGCAUUCAACGCUUGCGCAUCAACCCUUGGUCUUCUUGAAGCAAGACAUCUCAUUCUCGCAAUAUGUUGCCUUGCUUACUGUUGCUGAUGUCAUGAUGAUCACCUCUCUCCGCGAGGGUAUGAACUUGACAGCUCACGAGUAUGUUCUCUGUCAGGACGGAGCUUCAACGGAGAAGAAGUUUGGUCCUCUGAUUCUUAGCGAGUUCACUGGUAGUGCCUCGGUGUUUGGUGGCAGUGAAAUCUCUGUCAACCCAUGGGACUACCAGAAGUGUGCUGAGGCCAUCAAGCUUGCUCUGGAGAUGUCUCCCGAAGAGAAGGAGCGCCGCUACACCAAGCUUUCGCAUGUCGUACAUCACCAAACUGGAGAUUACUGGGUAACCCGUCUGAGCGACUCUCUUAACAAGGCGUCCAAGGAACAAUUCUCUCGCGACGCAAUGUCGAUUCCUCGUUUGUCAGUCACCUCGCUUGCUCAAAAGUACAAGCAAGCAGAGCGCAGAGUCUUCAUCCUGGAUUACGAAGGUACGCUCGCUACUUAUGGUACAGACAAGGACGUCGUCUUGACUUCUCCUCAACGUGUCCUCGAUACCCUCAACGAGCUGUUGUCUGACAAAAAGAAUCUUGUCUACGUCAUGUCCGGUCGUACCCCCGAGGAGCUGCAACGUCUGUUCCGCCAAGUUCCCAAACUUGGUGUCAUCGCAGAGAAUGGAUGUUUCCUUCGUGAGUGGGGUGCCGCCGACGACGAGUGGACAGCUUUCGCAGACAUCGAAGCGUGUGCUGCUUGGAAGAAGGAUGUCAAAUCAAUCUUCCAGUACUACGCCGAGCGUGUUGAGGGAUCAUGGAUCGAAGAACGUCACUGCUCGCUCGUCUUCCAUUACGAAAAGGCAGUAGAUCCCGACGCCGCUCGUGCCCAAGCAGGAGACUGCGCGAACCACAUUAAUGACAGCUGCCAAAGCUACAGAGUGCAGGCCAUCCCUACAAGCAAGGCAGUCUAUGUUGAGUCGCUUGACUGGAGCAAAGGCUCAGCAGCAACGAAUAUCUUCGAAAAGCUUCGCGAGAAGAACAUCGAAGGCAAGGGACGUACACCACCCGACUUCUUAUUUGUGGCCGGCAACGACCGUGAAGACGAGACCAUCUUCCAGUGGGCCAACGAGCUUUCAGAACAGGGCAAGGUGGCCAAUGUCACCACUGUGAGUGUGGGCAAGCGCAACACCCAAGCCAUGACCACCAUCACCCAAGGUACCACUGGUCUCAUCAGCGCACUGCAAAAGUUGUCAAACUUCUCAUAUGAAGGUGCCCGCGAAGGAUCUAGCAGUCGCCGCCCCUCCGUUCUCCUUACUACGGGUUCUUAG